AUGACCCCAAAGACACCACAGACUCCAGUGACCCCAAAGAUCCCCAAGACUUCCAUAGACCCCAAUGACCCCAAAGUGCCCAAAGACGCUGAACCCCUAAAGACCCCAGUGACCUCAACAAUCCAAAAGACCUCCAAGGACCCCAAAGACCCCAAAGACCCCAAUAACCCCACAGUGCCCAAAGACCCCAUAGACCCCAGUGACCCCCAAGACCCCAAUGACCCCACAGUGCCCAAAGACCCCAAACCCGACCCCAGUGACCCCAUAGAUCCCAAUGACCCCAAAGACCCCAAUGACCCUAUAGACACCAAAGACCCCAAUGACCCCAUAGACCACAAUGACCCCAAUGACCCCAACGACCCCAUAGACCCUAUACUCUCCAAUGGCCCCAUAGACCCCAUAGACCCCAGUGACCCCAAUGGCCCUAUAGACCCCAUAGACCCCAUAGUCCCCAAUGACCCCGUAGACUCCAAAGACCCCAUAGACCCCAAUGACCCCAGUGACCUCACUGUGCUCAAAGACCCCAAUGUGAAUAAAGACCCCAAUGACCCAAUAGACCCCAUAGACCCCAAUGGCCCUAUAGACGCCAUAGACCCCAAUGACCCAAUAGACCCCAAUGACCCCAAUGACCCCAAAGACCCCAGCCGCACGUACCCGGCCGAGAUGAUCCAGACCGGCAUUGCGCCCAUCGACGUCAUGAACAGCAUCGCCCGCGGGCAGAAAAUCCCCAUCUUCUCGGCCGCCGGCCUGCCCCACAACGAGCUGGCGGCGCAGAUCUGCCGGCAGGCCGGCCUGGUGAAGAAGUCCAAAGAUGUGAUGGACUUCCACGAGGACAACUUCGCCAUCGUCUUCGCCGCCAUGGGGGUGAACAUGGAGACGGCGCGCUUCUUCAAGUCGGACUUCGAGGAGAACGGCGCCAUGGGGAACGUCUGCCUCUUCCUCAACCUCGCCAACGACCCCACUGUCCCCAUGUCCCCACAUCCCCGUAUCCCUAUGUCUUCAUGUCCCCAUGUCCCUACAUCCCCAUGUCUUCAUGUCCUUGUGUCUCUGUGUCCCCAUAUCCCCGUGUCCCCGUGUCCCCAUGCCCAUGUCCCCAUGUCCCCUGCCCCACAGGUGUCGGCUGCCAGGGAGGAGGUUCCUGGGCGCCGUGGCUUCCCGGGGUACAUGUACACGGACCUGGCCACCAUCUACGAGCGCGCGGGGCGCGUGGAGGGCCGCGGCGGCUCCAUCACACAGAUCCCCAUCCUCACCAUGCCCAACGACGACAUCACUCACCCCAUCCCGGAUCUCACCGGGUUCAUCACGGAGGGGCAGAUCUACGUGGACCGGCAGCUGCACAACCGCCAGAUCUACCCCCCCAUCAACGUGCUGCCCUCGCUCUCCCGCCUGAUGAAGUCGGCCAUUGGGGAAGGCAUGACGCGGCGCGACCACGGCGACCUGUCCAACCAGCUGGUGCGCUGCUAUUAUGGGAUGGCGCCGCGGGAGGGUAUUAUGGGAUGUGUAUGGGAUGUGUAUGGGAUGUGUAUGGGAUGUGUAUGGGAUGCCUAUGGGAUGUCUAUGGGUUGUCUAGGGAUGACUAUGGGAUAUCAAUGGGAUAUCAAUGGGAUAUCAGUGGGAUGUCUAUGGGAUGCCUGUGGGAUGUGUAUGGGAUGUGUAUGGGAUGUCUAUGAGAUAUGUAAGGGAUGACUAUGGGAUGUCUAUGGGAUGUCUAUGGGAUAUGUAUGGGA